AUGAAAUCUGCGCAUGUCGCGUUGCUGAGCAUCUCAUCCUGCGCGAUUCUGUGCCUGGUCGCGGUUCUCAAGCGCCGUCAAUCCCGUGCAAGCCGCCGCCGGCGCGUCGAGAGCAAUGCAUUCUACCGCGCAUCCCAGGCUGCGUUCGCGAGUCACGCCGCGGCAGCAAGCCAACCGGGGCCGCCGCCGAUUGCCGACACGUCCGCGGACAACGCCGUCGUUCAAGCAAGUCCAAGCCUGCCGCUCCUGCUCCUGGACGAGCGCGAGCUGCCUCUGGCGAGUAUUGCGACAGGAGUUGCCUUGGCCCAAGCAGACGGCCGGCUCAACCGCGCCGCUGUGGGCUUCUCGCGCUCGCCCUGCCACGAAUGCCGGCUGCCCGCUUCGCUGCACUAUGCACGACGCAAGCGAUGGAAUUACUGGGCAAUCACAAGCGACACGCACUUGUUCUCAGUCACCAUUGCGGACUUGGACUAUGCCGGUUUGGUCUUUGCCUACUUGUACGAUCGCACGACGCGACAGCUGUCCGAAGUCGAGCUCAUUGCACCGCUCGCGGCAGGCAUCCGGCUGGGCAAUCGUGUGGAAAGCCCAGCACGAUCGGCCAAGUCGCGAUGGCUUGCUGCCGACUUUGUCAACCAGCUGGCAUCGCGGCGAGACCGCAUUGGCGACCGCGCAUCCGUCACUCAGCUGCACACCCGCUGUAGUAGCUUCCCUUGGAUGUCAGUGGACGACGCGCGCACCGACGCAGGCACUAACACUGCACAGACCCAGCAGCAGCAGCAGCAGCAGCAAGGGGCGACGACGGCUCGGCCACGGGUCAAGCAUGCCCUAAGUUCAAAGCUCACCGUAUCUUACCCAGCUCACCACGAAACCUUGAACGUCGUCAUUCCUUGGAACGACGUCGAGUUCCACUUUACCGCCAAGCACACCUUGCUGCCUGUCGACGGGACGGUAGAGCUCACCGAUGCGUCCGGCAGGGUGCAAAGCGUUCGCUUUUCGGCUGCCAACAACUCAGUUUGA